AUGGACGAAUACUUCAAUAACAAUUAUACAAAGUACUGUAAAGAUGUGAAGUUCGACUUUUUCGAUAGUUCUGAUUUUGUGUUCAUUAUCGGUCAUUCAAUUAGUAUUGUUAUAAUUCCAAUCGAUAUUUUUGGAAUGUAUUGUAUAAUUACGAAAACACCAAAAAAAUUAGAAACAAAAGGAUGUUUGAUGUAUUUGCAAAGCAUGUAAGUAUUUCCAAUCAAUAUGAAAGUUUUCAAUCAACUUGGACAUUUACAGAAUAAUUUUCCUUGACAUUAAUUUAACAGUUUGCAUGAUACCAUAUCUGUUUUUCCCAACAUGUUCUGGAUUCACAAUAGGAAUUUAUCGCAGUAUCGGAUUUCCAAUGAUAUUUCAAUGUUUUAUUGCAGUUUUUGGAAUAAGUUUGAUGAAUUUCUCGAUUCCAAUUAUUUUUGAGAAUCGUCAUAACAUUCUUGUUAGAAGUAAUUUCAAAAUCACUGGAAAAUUCAGUCGUAUUUUAUUCUACUUUCUCAAUGUCACUCUUCCUUUCUUCUGUCAACUUCCCGUGUUUCUUCAUAUUCCAGAUCAAAUUCCUGCAGCUCUUGAGAUUUUGAAAGUAUGGAUUUCAAGAAUAUUAGGAUUUUUAAUAGAUGAUUCAUUUUCAGAGAAUACCUUGUCCAACAAUUGAAUAUUUUCAACAACCAGUAUUCACAUUAACUUUGAAAUAUGAUAAUGCUAUUUUUUCCUUGAGUACUACACUUUCGUUUGCUUUUAUUCAAAUUGUAUUUUUUUCAAUUCAUUCAUUUUAUCAUCUUCGAAAAAUAUCAAAUUUUGCAUCAGUAAAAACACAAAAAUUACAAAAAGCUGUAUUCUCAGCUCUCAGUUUACAAAUAUCUGUUUCCACUGCAAUUUUGAUUUUGCCGAUUUUUUAUUUUUGGUAUGCAUUUCAAUUCAAUUAUUAUCGACAAGGUCAGUAAUAUUUUUCGAAUUAUCAUUCAUUUAUUUUUUCUAUUUUGCAGGUUUUACAAAUAUCAGUAUUAUGAUGAUUGCAUCUCAUGGAUGUUUUGCAACUUUAACAAUGUUAUUUUGCCAUAAAAAUUAUCGAGAAUUUAUUUUAUCAUUUUUCUCAAAAAAUAAGGCAAAAGUUGAAGGACAUUCAAAUAAUCCUUCAUUUCAACGCAAAAGUAUGAGUGUUCGAAAUUUUUUGCCAAUUCGUUUUUGA